AGACACUCGUGACCCAGAAGCAUGGUGACCGAGGCCGACGCCGCUCCUCGCCCUCGGACGCUGCUCCUGAGCGACCCCGCCUGCGUCAAGCACCACGUGCGAGGCCACCCCGAGCGGCCAGAGCGCGUCCAAGUCGUCCUCGACCAGCUCGCCACGUCCUUCCCGACACUGCCGCACUGGACGGCGUCGCCGGCAGCCACGGUCGAGCAGCUCGAGCGCUUCCACACGAGCAGUCAUGUGCAGUCGGUGCUGCAGUGGUGCGGCAAGAUCGAGCGCUGCAUGGUCGAGCUCGACACGCUCCGCGAGUCGGAUGAGACCCAAGAACGCCGCAAUGUGCUCAAGUCGUUUGAAAACGUCGACGUCGACGCGGACACGACGCUCAUGCGGUACACGCGCGAGGCGGCGCUCAAAGCCGCCGGGGCCACGAUUGCCGGCGUUGACGCGGUGCUCUCGGGCGACUUUACCAACGCGUUUUGCGCGGUCCGUCCCCCGGGACACCACGCCGAGCCGUUCAAGGCCAUGGGGUUUUGCUACUUUAACAAUGUCGGCGUGGCGGCCAUGCACGCAGUCGCGCAGCACGGCCUCACACGCGUUGCGAUCGUCGAUUUCGACGUGCAUCACGGCAACGGCACGCAGACCAAAGCGGCGACGACGCCCGAGCUCUUGUACGUCUCGACGCACCAAGCGCCGUUCUUCCCGCACACGGGCCACGCCGCGGAAAAUUCGGCGCACGUGUGGAACGUUCCGAUGGCCGCGGGCACCAGUUCGUAUGCGUUCCGGCACGCGUUCGUCGACCAAGUCGAGCCCCAAGUGCGCGCGUUCGCACCGCAGCUGAUACUCAUUAGCGCGGGCUUUGAUGCCCACGAAGACGAUCCGCUCGCCGAAAUGAAGCUGACGGACGAGGAUUUCUACUGGAUGACGCAGCGCCUGACCAUCUUGGCGUGGGAAUGCUGCGACGGCCGCAUCGUCUCGAGCCUCGAAGGGGGGUACCAUUUGCGCGCCCUCGCGCGCUGCGCCGAGCGGCACGUGCAAGCGCUCAUCGACGGCACCGACCGCGCCGUGCUCGUCGACGCCAUGCAAGGUCUCUCGCUCGACCCGCCGGUGCGGACCAACUUGCGCCUCGUGCUGGCCAAGGACAAGACGCUCAAGACGCUGCUGUUGCACGAGAUCACGAUCGAGAAGCUCCGCGCAGCAGCCAAAGCCAAGUGCCAGAUGAAGUCCAAGCAGCAGUUUCGCACGGCGCACGGCACGUUGGUUGCUGACACGGCGGCGCUCCUCGCCCUCGAGAACGACUCGACCUUGUACAUUGCAUAGUAAAACACCAUAGAGAUUGAUUUGCAAGUCCA